CAUUUUAUUCAUCGGUGAAGUGGUGUGAUGUUUUACUGUGUUUUGGUGGUAAAACCACGUGUAAGUUUUAAUGAUCUAGCUUCUAUUUUGACCUUCUUGAGUGGCCUACAGAUCUUUACUUCUUCUAGGGAAAGCAGCAUUGUAGGAACAACGAUCAAGAAACUAAUGGGAAGAAAUUAACUUCCAGUUUGAGUGACUUCAGUGAUCCAGUUUACAAAGAAAUUGCUAUCACCAAUGGCUAUAUCAAUAGAAUGUCCAGAGAUGAGCUCAGAAGUAAACUUGCAGAGUUCAAGCUUGAAACCAGAGGAGUGAAAGAUGUACUGAAGAAGAGACUGAAGAACUAUUAUAAAAAACAGAAGCUGAUGCAGAAGGAACCUAUUAAUGGAGAUAGCUACUACGACUACAUCUGUGUUGUUGACUUUGAAGCAACAUGUGAGGAAGGAAACCCACCUGAAUUUGUACAUGAAAUAAUUGAGUUUCCUGUUGUCUUAGUAAACACACAUACCCUGGAAAUAGAGGAUACCUUUCAGCAAUAUGUGAAGCCAGAGAUUAAUCCUAAACUUUCUGCAUUCUGCAUCAGUCUAACAGGAAUCACUCAGGACAUUGUUGAUAAAGCUGAUACAUUUCCUCAAGUUCUGCAGAAAGUCAUAGAGUGGAUGAGACAGCGAGAACUGGGAACAAAGUAUAGCUAUUCCAUGUUGACAGAUGGAUCCUGGGAUAUGAGUAAAUUUUUGAAUAUCCAGUGCCGUAUUAGCCGUAUCAAAUAUCCUUCUUUUGCGAAAAGGUGGAUCAAUAUUCGCAAAUCGUAUGGGAACUUCUAUAAGGUUCCUAGGAACCAGACCAAGCUGACAAUCAUGCUUGAAAAGCUGGGGAUGAACUAUGAUGGGAGGCCUCACAGUGGACUUGAUGACUCUAAAAACAUUGCAAGGAUAGCUAUAAGGAUGCUGCAGGAUGGCUGUGAACUGCGUGUGAAUGAGAGAAUGCAUGCUGGGCAGCUCAUGACGGUCUCCUCCUCAGCCCCCUUAGAGGGAGCCCCUGCUCCACAGAUGCCCCGCUUUAGAAACUAGCAGUUCAGGGUUUCUGUGUUUUGAGCUGCUGAAAAAUACCUGCAACAGACUGUUAACAGCUUAUUGAAAAGCCACCUCUGUGAACCUGUCUGCAGUGCAGAAUCUGAAAGCACCUUAAGUAAAGGUCUCUGUUGAAAUAAAGAGAAGUAUGGAAGCUC